AGUUUUUCAGUACCAAAAUCGGCACUGACAGCUGAACUUUGUCUGCGCCAACAUGGCUGAUGAAACGGCCAAAGCGCAGGUCGCCCAGCCGGGUGGAGACACUAUAUUUGGAAAGAUUAUUCGUAAAGAGAUUCCUGUCGAGUUACUGCAUGAAGAUGACCAGUGUGUAGCUUUCAAUGAUAUUUCACCUCAAGCUCCCACUCACAUCCUCGUGGUGCCAAAAAAACCAAUUGUGAGGCUGUCUGACGCAGAGGACAGUGAUGCUGCAUUGUUGGGCCACUUGAUGAUAGUUGCAAAGAAGUGUGCUCAAACUGCGGGUCUGGCUAAAGGCUACAGGAUCGUCAUCAAUGAUGGAGCCGACGGUGGCCAGUCAGUCUACCACAUCCACAUCCACGUCCUGGGUGGUCGUAGUAUGGGAUGGCCCCCCGGCUAACCUCUACCUCCAAGCAUAGACCGUCCUGCUAUAAGUGUUCAACCUGUGCUGUUAAAUUUGAACUAAAACUGUUCGUCAUGUAAAACAAGUCAAAGAAAACCGGGAAAUUCAUCAAUGAUAAUAAAAUGCACUUCACAACA